UCUGCUCUGAACUCUCCAUUUCACACACAGACCGGACACUCAGUUAGUCAGUCAAACAGACACCCCUCCCAGGACGCGAAAUAUCCAAAUAUACGCACUCGCCCGAGGGACACAUUCGCUACCUGCGCGCCAGUUCCUUUACCCCGGGAUAAAGUCCUGUUUGUUUUAGACCGUGAGGAUGAGUGUAGCGGUGGCGGAGGGCUGCUUUCUGUCCGCCCUGCAGCCCAACACCUCUUGCACCGCCUAUGUGCUUCCCUCGGACGGUCCGAGUCCAGACGAGGCGGCCAAAGCCAGGAGAGUCCAGGAGCAGGUUCGGAGGCGGAUGGCCGAGAAGAACAAGUCCUCCUCACUGACCCGACUGGACGACUCGAUGCUCGGGUCAACAGACUACAAUUUCCAAACAUCCAGGGGAUUUUUGUCAAACCAAGGCUUUAGUUCCCGGUCCAUGAUCAAUACGCCAAGCAGAGUCAUGGCUGUCCCCACAGGCCCACUCCACUCCUCUGGUUUCUCCUCUCGUUCUGCCAUGGAAAACAACUUCAAGACAAACCACGUUGGAACUGGCGCAGUCCACACCAGUUACCAGGCCACACAGUCCCGCACAAGAAGCAGCCGCUCCAGAUCCUUCUGUCAGGCUGAUCAGGAAGUAUUCCCUCUCACCGUCUUACCUUCUCCAGAGAGCAGUGCCCACACCCUUCCCGUGCCACCCCCAGGCAGCCUCCGUCGCAGCCUUAGCGGAACACUAGCCCAGGGCAGGGGUCAGUGGCAGGAUGAGGAUGUACCUUACCAGUACAUUUACAAAGGUCCCUCUCACCGCACCAUCAGCCGCAUCACCAACAGACAGCAGCACUACCAGCACAACUCCGGGUACGGCCAGGAGGGCUGGGUGGGCACAGGUAGAGGGGUGCCCAUAGCGGGGGAUGGCUGGGGGGCACAGUGGCAGCAGCAAGUGUCCAGAUCGAGCCAGGGCUUUGGGACAGGACAAUAUCAAGGCCUAAAGCGGGCAGCCUCAGUGCGCAGUGUGAGGAGUGUGGGAAAAGGAGCGGACGUGCUAGAUGGAGCGUCCAUACACAGCAAUGAUCCUUUAGGAGGCAUGCAGACUUUGGACAUGGUCACAGCUGUCAAAUAUCUCUCCGAGUCCGACAGUGCACUGCAAGUUUUAGGAGCAGCGUAUAUCCAACAUCAGUGUUACCAUAGUAGCGAGGCCAAAAUCCAGGUCCGAACUUUACACGGCAUUCCAGCUUUGGUUCAACUCUUCUCCAGUGACAACCAGGAAGUGCAGCGCUUUGCAACCGGUGCCACUCGCAAUCUCAUCUACGAAAACUCGGACAACAAGGUGGCCCUGAUAGAGGCUGGGGGAGUGGCAUGCCUAGUCAGUAUACUGGGUGAACCCGAUGAAGAACUGAGAAAAAACAUCACUGGUGUUUUGUGGAAUCUUUCGUCUCGAGAUAACCUGAAAGAAAAGCUGUCUAAAGAAGCCUUAUCAGAGCUGACAGAUAAAGUCAUGAUUCCUUUGUGUAGCAGUAUCCCGUUCAGUCCGUCUGAAAGAGACAUCUUCUAUAAUACUACUGGAUGUUUACGGAACCUGAGCUCGGUUAAUGAGAGGACAAGACAGAAGAUGAGAGAUAUGCGCGGUCUAGUGGACUCUCUGGUGUCAUACGUUCAACAAGAGGAGAGGGCGGAUGACAAGGGGCUGGAGAAUUGCUUGUGCGUUCUGAGGAAUCUGUCCUACCAGCUAUACUCUGAGCUUCCUCCCACAGUACAGAUCCGUCUGGAAGGCCCGAGGAGAUCAUCUGCUCACAAGGAAAUUGAGCCCAUUGGCUGUUUUACCCUCUACAACCGAAAAAACACAGAGCAGCGAAACCAGAAUCUGUCCAUUCUGUCUGAAGUAUCCCGGCAGCCCAGAGGAGCCGAGUGGUUGUGGCACCCAAAGAUUAUUGGGGUGUACAAGACUGUGCUGCAGAACAAUGACUGCAGCUCCACAAGUCGAGAGGCAACCCUCGGAGCUCUUCAGAACAUCACGGCAGGAGACUCACGGUUCCUGUGUGCAGUGCCCUCAGUGCUGAGCUGUGUGAUGCUAGAGCAGGAGAGGAUGCUGCCUAUUCUGCUAGAGCUCCUGGACUCCAAUAACGACGCUGAGCUGAAGCCCCUCACUGGUCUGCUCCGAAACCUGGCACGACACGCCUCCAACAAGGACCAUCUUGCCAAAAAUAUGGUGAACGUCCUCGUGUCUAAACUCCCCCCUGAUGGCCUCCAGAAAUCCCCCUCCAGCGAAGCAGUUGUCAACAUCUGCGGAGCACUCAAUCACCUGGUUACCUGUAGCUCCCUUGCAGCCCGGGACAUCUCUUACUUCAAUGGUCUGCCCAAAUUGGUGGGCAUCAAAAGCACCCAUGAUAACAGUGCUGGGAGUUUGAAAGCAGCCAGGGCAGCCUCCACUGUCCUCUGCAACAUGUUCCAAUACAGCAAACUGCACAGAGACUACAAACUGAAAGGAUUUUCUCGUCGAGACUUCACAGACGUCACCAUCUAAUUCCCAGUUUGUUACAAUGAAGCGUGUUCUGGUCAAGGAUGCAGAGAACCCGAGGAGCAUCAGCAGAGAUUGAAAUGUAACUACAGUCAAACAAUGGACUUGGCAGAAAGAACUCAAGGUUUGAUUUGCAUGUGUGUAACAUUUUGAUGUGGCAACAUGGACUUACAGGCAUAGUGGACCCCUUCUGCCAAAACUCAGUCUGUGAGUUAACGGUCAGUGUUUUUGUCCACAGUAUUUCCUGCUUAUCUAUUAACACUUGUUUUUGAUGAUAAACACAACUUCCCAUCAGUCUGUUGUGUAACUGCAAUCUCUGUCUGAACACAACUUCAGUGAACAGAAGUCAUAUUUGUAUUUUCAGAUGCUUAAUGAGAUUUAAUGCCACAUUACAUGCUUAUGAUCCCUGCUGCUAUAAGCUGAUGUUAGUAUUGAGUAUAACAUACAUUAUUUGCUGAGAAGCUUGAAAAGAACAGAUAAAUACUGGAUGUAUUGUUUUACUUUAAUUAUGGCUUCUAGUAAAUAUGGUUUUAAAAUUUGUGUUUUGAAUUAAUGUAAGAUAAUAAAAUAAACCAAUAGCUAAACCAGAGGGCAGAAAAAAACAGUUAAUUAUAAACCCAGUAUAAAGAGUAACUCAAUAAUAGUCAAUACCUGGAGUAGUUCUAUAGCCCAGAUGUUGAUGGCGCCCUCUGCCGGUCAUAUUCUAUUACUUAACAUUUUUACCAAUUGAUAACAGUUCGUAACAAUAAAAUAACAGUAAAAAACACACAUUUUAAUAGUUAAUGAAAUGGCAGAUUGAGGUUUUUACAAUAUUAUUCAAGUACAAUUUAGUUUACAAUUGGUCAAUUAGGUGUAAAUUUUAGUGUCACAUUUUAGGAGGUGAGGACUCUGAACACUGACAACAUUUAUGAGUUACAAUACAUUGACUAGAUUCUUAAGCAGUUAAAACAAAUACAUGAAGUGUACCAGUAAACAUGAAAGCCUUUUCUAACAUUAACAAUUUACAGUUAAUUUAUUUUUUAUAUUUACACAGCACAAACACAUUCUCUAAAGACUUUAUAAAUAGGUUAUAUCACAAAACAUAAACAGUAAAGGUUUCUUUCAAGUCAAUAAUCUCUUCUAAAAUCUUGACUGACCUGAGUAUAAACUGUAAUGUUACCUAAUAGUGUGAAUACUUAUAGCAUCUGUUCUGAAGAGACAUACAAAAAGGAGUACGCUGUGUUAAACCAUGAGAGAUGUUAGACCUCUGUGGAUUUGUUGCAUUUCAUUUCACUGAAAAAGAAGAGUUUAGAUUUUUGUGUUAAUUUCUAAGAGUUUAGAUUUUUGUGUUAAUUUCUAAACAAAACAUAUUUUCUUUCUUUUCUAAGUGAUACAUACGCUACCAGUCAAAAGUUUGGACAGGCAUUCACAUUUAGGUUUACUGCUUUCAACAUAGUAGAUACAUGCAGAAGCAAGAUGAACAGAAUUAUGUAGCAAGAAAAUAAAAGUUAAACUACUAAUAUGUUUUAUAAUUUAAAAGGCCUAUAUUAUGCUGUUUUCUGAUCUCUGUUAUAAUGUUUCCUCAUCACAAACAUACAUGGAGUUGUGUUUUGUUUCAUUCUCACAUGCUUAACACACAACUCCUGCAGAUUUAAGCUGAGUUCUUUAAACAGAAAAUAGUAAUACAAGACGUUCUCCUUUGUGGUUUUAGUUGAGGGAUGUUUUUGAUGAGGUACCAACAUUAUUAAAUUGGUAAAAGCUCACUAGAGUCAAUUUAGCAUAAUAUAUAUCCUUAUAUAAUCUUUAAAUUCAGAUUCCUCAUUGCAGCCACCCUUUGUUUUAUUGACAGCACUGCAAACCCUUGGCUUUCUCAGUGAGUUUCAUGAUGAAGUCACCUGAAAUCAUUUUCACUUCACUGAUGUGCCUUGUUAGGGUCCAGUAGUGGAAUACAAAGAGUGCAAAGCAGUUAUCAAUGCAAAGAGGUAUUUCUCUUUUUUUGCUUACUACAUUCCAUAUAUGUGUUCAUUGAUAGUUUUGAUGCCUUCACUGAGGAUCCACCAUGUAAAUAGUCACAAAAUAAAUAAAAACAACAUUGAAUGAAAAAA